AUGUCAUUGUUUUUUAAAGCUCCUUUAGAUAUAGAGGUACGAUUGUCUGGGGAAGAUACAAGAAAACAUGUUGAAGUCAAGAACAAGAACGGGCGCAAAGAGAAGUUGCCAUUAUAUGAAGAUGGAGAAAGUGUCAAAGGUCAAGUAACCAUCAGAGUUAAAGAUGGGAGAAGAGUUGAGCAUUUAGGUAUCAAGAUUCAACUUAUAGGUACAAUUGAUACAAACAAUGACGGUUUGAACUUUGAUAAUUUCUUAUACCUCGUUCAAGAACUUUCGGCACCUGCCGAAUUGAAUCACCCAGAAAACUACUCUUUUGAGUUCAAGAAUGUUGAAAAACAAUUUGAAAGUUACAGAGGUACAAAUGUGCGACUCAGAUAUUACUUAAAAUGUAUUGUGCUUAGAAAAUCCGCGGACGUGAUAAGAGAGAAGGAAUUAUGGGUAUACGCCAAACAAAAUCCUCCUGACACUCCCACAACUGUCAAGAUGGAUGUUGGCAUUGAAGAUUGUUUACAUAUAGAAUUCGAGUAUUCCAAGUCAAGAUAUUCUUUAAAGGAUGUGAUAGUGGGAAGAAUAUAUUUCUUGCUAGUGAGGUUAAAAAUUAAACAUAUGGAGUUGUCGCUAAUCCGAAGGGAAACAGUGGGAUCUGGAGCCAACCAAAUUAGCGACUCACAAACUCUCGUUCGCUUUGAAAUUAUGGAUGGUGCCCCGGUGAGGGGUGAAACAAUACCUAUAAGAUUAUUCUUGAGAGGUUAUGACUUGACGCCAACUUUUAGAGACGUUAACAAGAAAUUUUCAACCAGAACUUUCUUGAGUUUAGUGCUCAUUGAUGAAGAUGCUAGGAGAUACUUUAAACAAAGCGAAAUCAUUCUUUAUCGGGACUAG